AUGUGCACCAAGGAGAUGCCGAUUGCCGAGGUGGCCUAUCUGGUGAACGAGAUUGUCAACCUCAAGCUCGAGCCUGAGGGGUGGCGGUUCGGCAAGCGGUCGUACUCCCGCGUAGAUCCGCCACCUAUGGUCCUCCCCCUCCAGCUGGAGGCCAACGCCGACUUCAUGCCGGACCAGGACGCGAGCGACAUGGCGGACCCCGACUUGGGGGCGGCCGCCCUGGAAGACGACGCCACAGGCGAUGGUGGUGGAGCAGGCGGCUCCGGAGGAAGAGGAGGCGUGGAAGACUGGGCCCCGCUCUCUCUUGAGCGGUCAACCUCCGUCUCCGUCGUCAGGACGGCGGAGGGCUCCACCAACAACCGUCGCAUAGACCCGGCCGCUGAUCUCCGGGAGGCGCAGGAGAGGAACGCACGGGAGGUGCGGGAGGAGAAAGAGGCCGCUGCCAAGAAGGCGGAGGCCAACAAGGCGGCCGCAGCCACGGCGGCGCAAGCGGACGCGGACGCCGCGGCGAAGAAGCAGGCCGAGGACGCAGUGCGUCGCAGAACCCCGCUGCUCGUCACCCCCCUGCGCUCUGCGCCACCAGCGCCAGAGUUCUCGGCGCCGGCUGGGGGAGCCGGCGAUGAACAGCCGAUCAGGGAGAGGGAAGGCAGCGAUGCCAUCCUGCCGGAGAUGGAGGCGCCUCCACAACCGCCGACUGCGGACGCACAGGGCAGCCAGCCAGCUGCCCCAUCGGGGCAGUCAGCCGGAGGCGAAUUGGUGGUGGGGUCGGUUCCCACGAUCCGCACUCCAGUGCGCCGCCGCGUGGAGAAAGCGGCAUCGGCGCCGAGGCCGGUGGAGGUUGUGAGCGCCAGCUCGUCGGCUCAAGAAGCCGAAGCCACCAGCGCUGCACCGACGGAGUGGGUGAGUGGAGGCGGGACGAGUGCCUUGAUCAAGGCGGCACAAUAUGUCCAGGCCGACUUUAAGGCCGAAGCCGCAGCCCUCUCACAGUGCAUGAAGGCGUUUGUGAAGACGCGGGCCACCGUUCGGGAUUACCACAACAUCCGCGCGGCUUCCUUCAACGCCAACAUCCGGGAGCUGGACCGAAGAACCGCUGACUUGACGGAAAGCCGGAAAGCCAACGCCGCCUUGCAGCAGCAGCUGGGCGAAGCCAACACCGUGCUGCGUGCUAAGGAAAUUGAGUGCGACAAGGCGGUCCAGGAGUGCGACCGCCUAAAAAAGGAGCUGAAGGACCAGGCGGAACUUCACAAGACGGCCCUAAAGGAGGCGGAAGCCAAUGAGGCCAAGCUCCUGGCUGAGUUUGAGACCGAACGCUCGGACUUCUUCCCUGGCAACUCCGCCAUCGCCAACCAGGCCACUGAGGCUCGCCGCGAGGAACGAAGGGCGGGAGAGGUCAUCGAUUCCAGCGACGAAGGGGAAGGCGAGGAAGACGAGGAUGAUGAAGAUGGCACGCCAGAGGUCGGAGCGGACGGCCAGUCUCAGCUCGACCGCGCCUUCACCAACCUGCCGGACUCGCCUGCUGCUCCUUUGGUCUAG